AUGGAAGAAGAUUCACGGGAGAAGGCAUUCCGUUUCGUCGCCUAUUCGGCCGUCUCAUUUUCACUAAUUGCACUAAUUAGCGUGUUCGUCACACUGCCUUUGGUCAACAAUUAUAUUCAUUCGGUGCAUUUGCGUGUGCAUGAUGAGAUGCAAUUUUGCAAGGUGAGAACGCUGUUUUCUGCGAUUUUCAGCGAUUCCAUGAGUUUCAGCACAAAAUUGUGCUCCAGAAACUUUGAAAGCGACUUUUCAAAAAAAAUUGUGCCAGAAAUUCCAAAAAAAAAAUGGAUCAACCUUAGGUUACUGUAGAAAAAUUGUUGCUCAUGUUAAGGGGUUUUUCAUUUUCUGACAAUCAUUGCUCAUAUUAUAUUCUUCAAAACAUCGUUUUUUUCAUUGCUCAUAUUUAGAGUUAGACUAAUUUUUAGGGUUGCUCAGAUUAGCUUUGAACUAGAGAAAUUACAAAUUUUGUUCUAAUGAGUGAUACAUUGCUCAGAUUAAGCUUAGACUUUCAAGCCUGGGCUUUGAAGCAUACAUUGCUCAUAUUAAGCUAGAAUUUAGUCUGUAAAGUUCCUGAAAGUUAGUAGAUUCUCUAGAAAAUCCUAAAAAAAAUUUUGUUGAAAAUCAGACUUUCAGGAAUUUUAAAAAUUGAAAUUUUUCAAAAAAAAUAUAGAUUGCUCAGGUUAUACUUGAAAUAGGGUCAAGAUUUUCAACUGAAAGUUCUAAUUUGCCACGUCAUUGCUAAGGUUAAGGUUAAGGCUCAGAUCUCUAAGCCUAAGCCUAAAAGCUCAGAUCUCUAAGCCUAAGCCUAAGCUCAGAUCUCUAAGCCUAAGCCUAAGUCUAGCCCAAUUUUGCUACAGGGUGACAACAAAUUAUUUUUGCAGCUCUCCGCACGUGACGUCAUGAUGGAGAUGCACAAUUUCCGUGCCACACCCCAAAAGAAUCUCCCCUUCUUCCUCCGUCGCUCCUCCAACGAGACCGCGCAUCGCCAGAAGCGUCAAGCCACGUGCCAGGGUUGCUGUCUGCCGGGCCUCCCAGGCCCCGACGGGCCACCGGGUAAAAACGGUUCGCCAGGUCGCCCGGGAGCUCCGGGCGCUCCCGGCUUCCCGGGACGCCCACCAGCGGUUUGUGAGGAGGUCACGGAGCCGCCGUGCACACCGUGUCCACCGGGAGAGCCAGGACCACCAGGUCCACCGGGAGACGCCGGAAAUCCAGGGCAGACUGGACAUCCGGGAAGAAAUGGAAAUGACGGAGGUGUGGGACCACAAGGACCACCCGGACAGCCUGGAAACAAUGGGGAAUCUGGAAGAGAUGGGCCACGCGGAGAACCGGGAAGACCAGCCAUCUCCACACCAGCACUACCAGGAGACCCGGGAGCACCAGGAGAGCCAGGACCACCAGGCCUACCAGGAGAUGGCGGACAAGCCGGGCGACCUGGAAACGACGGAGCACCCGGGCCACAAGGACCACCGGGACCCGCAGGACUUCAAGGACAAGCCGGACAAGCUGGGCCACAAGGGCCGCCCGGACAACCGGGACCACAAGGAGAACGCGGAAUUUGCCCCAAGUAUUGCGCGCUGGAUGGCGGUGUUUUCUUUGAGGAUGGAACUCGGCGAUAA